GUGGGCAAAAGCUCCUAGGAGUUUCUGUGGCUUUGAUUGACCAAAAAACUAGCUCACUUCUCUAUAUAUAAACCUUCCCCAGCUCUCUUUUUUACCAUUCAUGUUCUUUCAUUUCAUUUGAUCCCUCCAUUCUUUGAAUUCUCAUUCCUUACACAAUUCUCACUCCAACUUCUCAGUCUUCGACCCAAUUAUCUUUUCACUCCAUUAUCAGACUAACCUUCAGUUUCAUUUCUCCAACACUCUCAAUCACCACCACCACCACCCUCACCUUUCUCUUAGCAAGCGUGUCAAAGAUUCAAACCCCAUGGAACGCGAACAAUGCCGCGCGUGGAAACCCUAAUUGCGCCCCCGACCAACCAUGACCAACGGCGGAGGAAGAGCCGCGCCGGACGACUACGGCCGAGCCGCAGUACGUCUCGCGUUGGCGCAGCUCUGCAACGCCGCUGGGUUCCACAGCGCCACCUCCUCUGCGCUGGACGCCUUCGCCGACGUCGCAAUCCGCUACCUGCUCGACCUAGGCAGAACCGCGGAGUCUCAUGCGAACCACGCCGGCCGAUCGCAGUGCACCGUCUUCGACGCGAUUCGCGGCUUCGAGGACCUGGGAGCGCCGCGAGCCUUCUCCAGCCCCGGCGGAGUCAGAGAUAUCGUGAGUUUCGUGGAAUCGGCAGACGAGGUUCCGUUCGCUCAGCCCAUUCCGCGGUUUCCGGUCGUUCAGGAACGACGUCGCAUUCCGAGUUUUUAUCAGAUGGGGGAGACUCCACCGUCGAAGCAUAUUCCCUCGUGGUUACCGGCUUUGCCAGAUCCCCAUACGUAUAUUCACACUCCAGUGUGGGAUGAGAGGGUUUCUGAUCCUCGUGAAGAUAAAAUCGAACAAGCUAGGCAGCGUAGGAAGGCUGAGAGGUCGUUGUUGAGUUUGCAGAAACGGUUGUUGUUGCGAAAUGGGUCAUCGGAAGCUAAAGCAAGAACGUCAGCUUCGCCAGAUAGUACUGUUUUGGAAACUCAAUGCGUUGGUGAUGACCAUAAGGAUGUUGAUAAAGAUGGCGCUCCGGUUGUUAAGGUUUCAGUUUUGGAUGAGGGUAAUGUUGGUGACAGGAACCGUGUUUCGGUGUUGGAUGCGUUUGCUCCGGCAAUUGAGAUGCUUGGGAGUGGAGGGUUGGGUGGUGAUGAAGAUGAUGGAUUGGUGGAGAUAGACAGAAGUGAGCUUCCUGUUGUGAGACCUACUGUGCAUUUUAAGUUUAGGACCGGGAAAAAGUUCAUUGGGGAGUCUUUGGAUAUGAGAAUUCGGAAUAAGGAUGCGUCACGGACGGUGGGAUUGGUUGGGAGAGAAGAUGAGAGGGAUGAUAAGAAAAGGAGGGCUGAGUAUAUUCUCAAACAGUCUAUGGAGAACCCCCAGGAACUCACUCUGUUGUAGAUUGAUUAGUGUAUUUAUGGACUUGGGCGUGGUUGAUUUGCGUUAAAGAGGGCUGAGGGUGGAUCCUAAAUUAAGGGCUUGCGAUGCUUUGGUGAGGACUUUGUGACUUUGUAGAAUCAUUCUUAACAUGUUUUUAGAGCAGUUGAAUUUGUUUCUUUUCUUGAUAGUGUAGCUGUAAUUUGUUAAUGGAUUUUUGAACAUAAAGCUCUUCUGUCCGCUUCUCAUAUUGUACUUUACUCACCAAAUUCAAUUGAAUCAAUACACUGAAUUUUCUAUGCA